CACCUCUUUUCAUUUCAAUCAUUCAAUUUUCGGUUGAAACAUCUAGGGGUAGGGGAAAAUCAAACCACCCAUUAAUUAUUAAAAAACAAGAAUAAUUUUGCAAACUUAAUUAGAUAGAUUUCAAUAUACAAACAUUGCGUAUAUUGACCCAAAUUUACAAAGGAUGGCUGACGAUUGCGAUUAUCCAGAUGGACAGACUAGUUUCUCAUCACCAAUGAUGAUGUCUCCAUGGAACCAGGUUUCACCAUUGAAAUCUCCUUGGUCUCACCAAUCUGAACAAUAUCAGGACUCUGGUCCGAUUAACCCCCUUAUCAUUGGCUCACUUGUUCGAGAAGAGGGCCACAUUUAUUCUUUGGCUACUAAUGGGGAUUUAUUAUACACAGGUUCUGAUAGCAAGAAUAUUCGGGUUUGGAAGAACUUGAAAGAGUUUUCCGGGUUCAAGUCUGCAUCUGGAUUGGUUAAAGCUAUUGUGAUUGAAGGUGGGAAGAUAUUUACCGGUCAUCAGGAUGGUAAGAUUAGGAUUUGGAAGGUGUCACCUAAAAAUCCUAGUAUUUAUAAACGAUCAGGUUCUUUACCCACAUUAAAGGAUUUGUUUAAGGCCUCGAUUAAACUUAGUAACUAUAUCGAGAUUAAGAAGAAUCGAACUUCAAUAUGGAUGAAACAUUCGGAUGCCAUUUCAUAUUUGAGUAUGUGUGGUGAACAAGGGAUAUUGUACUCAUCAUCAUGGGACAGGACAUUUAAGGUGUGGCGCAUUUCUGAUUCGAAAUGCCUGGAGUCUGUAUCUGCCCAUGAAGAUGCUGUCAACUCUGUUGUGUCGAGUAAUGAUGGCAUGAUCUUUACCGGGUCUGCUGAUGGCACAGUUAAGGUUUGGAGGAGAGAAAUGCAGCGAAAAGGAACAAAACAUUUCUUUGUACAAACUUUGCUGAAGCAAGAAUGUGCUGUUACUGCUCUUGCAGUUGAUCCUACAGGGUUGAUAGUUUACUGUGGGUCAAGUGAUGGAAUCGUUAAUUUCUGGGACAGCCAGAAGAAUCUUGCACACGGGGGUGUGCUGAAAGGCCAUAAAUUGGCUGUUCUCUGUUUAUCUGCUCGUUCACGGCUUGUGUUUAGCGGGUCUGCUGAUAAAACUAUCUGUAUAUGGCGUCGUGAAGGCAUGGUUCAUACUUGUGUAUCAACUUUGACAGGUCAUAAUGGUCCGGUUAAGUGCCUGUGUGUUGAAGAUGAUAAGGAGGCCAAAGGUCAAAGGUUUGUUGUUUAUAGUGGAAGUCUUGAUAAGUCGGUGAAGGUAUGGAAUGUUGCUGAUGAAGAAGGAAUAAUGGCGGUGGGAAUAGGCAUGAUUCAGCAACAGCAGGUGAUGGACGUUGAAUCUGCAUCUGAAUCUUUGCGCUCUGAUCGUAGCUCUCGGUAAAUUCUAUUUAGGUCAUAAUGG